AAUGAUUAACUGUAGAUAUUUGUGUGAAAUAGAACGACAAGUGUUGUUCACUCGAGUUACAUUUUAGCGAAUGUAUCAUUGGAACUUUAGAGGCCCGUCUUAUUUUAACUAAAAACGAUCAACUUCGAAGUUCGAGAGGAACAUUUACGGUAUUAGAAAAUCAAGUACAACAUGAUGGCAAGGAGACUUCUCACACAACGAUCAGUCCAGUUCUUGAGCACCUUGUUAGCGCGACAGUCAAAGAGAAUCCCAUCCCGAGGUCUCCAAGUCCUGCCUUCAAAACCCGAGACUACCCAACAUACCAGCCGUCAUCUUAGACCCAUCGGCCGUCACUCCAAGUGCCAGCGGCUGAUGAGCGAAUGGGUCUACUCAAAGAGUCUGAGACCCGAAUUUGACAUGCAGGAAAUCUGCGACAACAUAGAGCAGAUUGCGGAGAACGUACGACACAGGAAAGGAGAUGCUGAUGUGCAUGAAGUGGUAGAACUCUGGAAAAGGUUGAAGUGUUUGGAGAAGGAAAUGAGUGACUUUCAGAUUGAGGAAGAUCGCCUCAACCUCUUGAAGGACCAGAUUAGGGAAACAGAAGAUGCAUUCUACCAGUCCGCAUCUCGGCUGCCAAACAGGACACAUCCAGAAGCGCCCUGGGGUGAGGAAGAUGAACCUCAAUUGGUCCUGCUGGUUGGUGAGAAACCGAAGUUUACUUUCUCAAUCAGGAGUCACUAUGAGUUGGGAGAACAUCUAGAUAUCAUCAGAAUCAAGAAUCUGGGUCAUGUCACAGGUCACAGGUCAUAUUAUUUGAAAGGUGCCGGAGCCAUGUUGGAGCACGCCCUCAUUCGCUUCACGGUGGACAGGCUUCUAGGCAGAGGCUUCAGGGCUGUGACUGUCCCGGACCUUGUGCAGCCAAUCGUCUUUGAAGGAUGUGGAAUGCGCACCAAGGGUCUGCACACCCAGGUCUACCAAUUGGAUCGUAGGAAACACGACAGAAACCUGUGUCUGUCUGGCACGGCUGAAGUCGGUCUAGCAGGCUACUUCAUGGACAGGGUGCUUGACGUUGAGGACUUACCACAGAAGGUGUUUGCAGUCAGUCAGUGCUUCAGGGCGGAGACCACUCACAGUGCUGAGGCAAAGGGGCUGUACAGGGUCCAUCAGUUCACCAAGGUUGAGAUGUUCUGUGUCACCACUGAUGAUCAGAGUGAGUGCAUCUUUGAUGAGCUGGUUGCAAUCCAAAAAGAUCUCUUCGCCGAACUUGGCCUUCACUUCCAGGUUUUAGACAUGCCAUCCCAUGAUCUGGGAGCACCCGCCUUCCGAAAAUACGACAUAGAAGCAUGGAUGCCUGCUAGACACGGCUACGGGGAGAUAUCCAGCGCGUCCAACUGCACCGACUACCAGAGCCGAAGGCUGAGGAUCAAGUACAGAUCCAAGGAGGGUGAUCUCAGACACGCAUACACGUUGAAUGGUACGGCCUGUGCAGUACCCCGUGUCCUUCUCACGCUGUUAGAAUGUAAUCAAGAGAGGGAUGGAAGUGUCACCAUCCCAAACGCGCUGCAGCUGUACAUGAACGGGAAAACCGUCAUCACCAAACCGUCAAGUGGACUCUUACAUCACACGAGACUCUGACAUCUUUCGAUGGAUCACCACCAAAAUAACAAAUAAACAGGCAGAAAAUUCUACAGAAAAUUCUACAGACACCAUAGAUGGCAACGAGGCUUACUCAUGUCGUGGGACAAAUCUCAAGAUUUGCAUGCCUAUGGACAAUAGAUGAUGCUCUUUUAUCACUUUCGAGAGCCCAGAGGGACACACACCACAUACACGUACUGUUCAUGCACAUAUGGUGCCAAGUACCAACAACUUGUUUUGUUCUGAAAGUGCAGAAACCCGUAGCAUCCUUGUGUGAGCAUCAGGUGUCGUCAGCUGUGCAUUAAAAUGUUUUCUUCCUCCAACUCUACCUUUCGUAACCAUUGAGGAAGGACUUGUGCACGUUGCAAAAUACGUUGCAAAAUACACAGUCCACGUUGCAAAAUACACAGGACCACUUUAUCUUGAUGUGCAAAAAAAAUCAUAGUUUUUGCCACAUUGGUGCUGAGCAUGACAUGAAGUAUCUGUCAUAUCUCUUUCUUGUUUUUAAUUGUAUAAGGGGUAGUUGCACGUGGAGUCCAUACCAACUUCAUUCUGUGAAUGUUUUUCAUACUUCUUUUGGUUUUUAGCAGCAGGAUAGCCGCUCAACAAAUCAUCCUGCGUCUCUGUUAGUCCGUUAGUUAGUAACAAAUGCUGACACUGUCUAUUGCUCCUACAUAUUUUGACCGAUUUCAACCAAACUUUGUCAAAAGUAUCAGUAGCCCAGCCCCAACAUGUCACAUGACCAAACUGGGGUCAAAAUCCUGAUUAUUCUAGUCAAAACACUACUCCUUCCAGAAAGUACAUGGCACAGUCAUGUGACUCGUACAUGAACACAAAUUGUUGGCCCGUAGCUUCCGCGAUCCAGCUUUUUUAUUUCAGAUUUGGUGCAAACAUUUUGCGUAGAAAAAAAAAGAGCGAAACCCAAAACUGGUGGUUGUUUUGUUUAUUCGGUUUCAUUUUAGGAAUAAUAAUUCCCUUCAUGAGACUUGUUCUGGUUGAUAAAAAUAACAGUGUGGGUCACACUGUAAGAUAAAGAAUUGGGUUAUAAUACUUUUUUAAAAAUAAUUAAAGGAGUUCAGUAAGUUCACACAAAUGCAGUAAAACAAUUUCAAAAAAAGGUUUUUGGUGCUUCAUUCUAUUGUAUUUAAUGCACUGUACCCUUAUAACUUUUAACUCUCUUCAUUUAGGAUUUUGUUCACAUGAUCAUUGGUAAGAAUUGGACACGAUUUUGAAAAAUGAGAUCUAUAAUAAUAAUAAUAGUAAUGUCCAUACUCAUCAAACAGAUAGUAAUUCAUAGACAGCUUGGCUUGGGGGGGGGGUGCAAAUUUUAUGGAAAAUUACUGGUCCAGAGAUGUUCGCAAACACCGAAGGGCCGGUAUUUCUGUACUUUAUCCUCAAAACAACCAAGUUGUUAAUUUUCAUUACAUCUCGCACAUAUUUACAGAUCAUAAAAUUGUCCCUUGUGCAUCGCAGAGUUGGAAACAAGGCGCAUAACAUAUUUGUCAGACGUAUCUUCAAAAGAUCUACUGACUGGAGAAAUACUGACCAAUGGCAGAGGUGCCUUGCCUAAUAAAUAUGCAUGAGAUGUUAUAAUGUAAAUUAUUCUACUUUAAGAGGCAAACAAUAUUUCAGUUUUCUUUAAAGAUGUUAGUCUGCUUAAUGUAAUGGUCAGAAAAUAAAAACAUCUGUUAAAAAUUGCAAAAUA